GGGAGGAGACUAUUGCUGAUCUUUGGAUGUUCUGGUUAGUCUAAGAAGGAGAGUAUGAGGCGAGCUCCGGCCCGGGUGCGGCCGGGCUUCGGAGGCCCAGGCGCCGCUGCUGCCACCGCCAUCUAACGCUGCGCCCUGGAGGCCCGGCGCGCGGAUGGUGCCAGUGCGGCUCGGGUGUUGAAACGGGUGUCCCCUCCCCCUUCUCCCCUCCCCCACGCGGUGGUCUCCCCUCCCACCCGGCUCAGGCAGAGCCAUGUCUCGGGGUGGCUCCUGCCCACACCUGUUGUGGGACGUGAGGAAAAGGUCCCUCGGGCUGGAGGACCCGUCCCGGCUGCGGAGUCGCUACCUGGGAAGAAGAGAAUUUAUCCAAAGAUUAAAACUUGAAGCAACCCUUAAUGUGCAUGAUGGUUGUGUUAAUACAAUCUGUUGGAAUGACACUGGAGAAUAUAUUUUAUCUGGCUCAGAUGACACCAAAUUAGUAAUUAGUAAUCCUUACAGCAGAAAGGUUUUGACAACAAUUCGUUCAGGGCACCGAGCAAACAUAUUUAGUGCAAAGUUCUUACCUUGCACAAAUGAUAAACAAAUUGUAUCCUGCUCUGGAGAUGGAGUAAUAUUUUAUACCAACGUUGAGCAAGAUGCAGAAACCAACAGACAAUGCCAAUUUACGUGCCAUUAUGGAACUACUUAUGAGAUUAUGACUGUACCCAAUGACCCUUACACUUUUCUCUCUUGUGGUGAAGAUGGAACUGUUAGGUGGUUUGAUACACGCAUCAAAACUAGCUGCACAAAAGAAGAUUGUAAAGAUGAUAUUUUAAUUAACUGUCGACGUGCUGCCACAUCUGUUGCUAUUUGCCCACCAAUACCAUAUUACCUUGCUGUUGGUUGUUCUGACAGCUCAGUACGAAUAUAUGAUCGGCGAAUGCUGGGCACAAGAGCUACAGGGAAUUAUGCAGGUCGAGGGACUACUGGAAUGGUUGCCCGUUUUAUUCCUUCCCAUCUUAAUAAUAAGUCCUGCAGAGUGACAUCUCUGUGUUACAGUGAAGAUGGUCAAGAGAUUCUCGUUAGUUACUCUUCAGAUUAUAUAUAUCUUUUUGACCCAAAAGAUGAUACAGCACGAGAACUUAAAACUCCUUCUGCGGAAGAGAGAAGAGAAGAGUUGCGACAACCACCAGUUAAGCGUUUGAGACUUCGUGGUGAUUGGUCAGAUACUGGACCCAGAGCGAGGCCGGAGAGUGAACGAGAACGAGAUGGAGAGCAGAGUCCCAAUGUGUCAUUGAUGCAGAGAAUGUCUGAUAUGUUAUCAAGAUGGUUCGAAGAAGCAAGUGAGGUUGCACAAAGCAAUAGAGGACGAGGAAGAUCUCGACCUAGAGGUGGAACAAGUCAAUCAGAUAUUUCAACUCUUCCUACGGUCCCAUCAAGUCCUGAUUUGGAAGUGAGUGAAACUGCAAUGGAAGUAGAUACUCCAGCUGAACAAUUUCUUCAGCCUUCUACAUCCUCUACAAUGUCAGCUCAGGCUCAUUCGACAUCAUCUCCCACAGAAAGCCCUCAUUCUACUCCUUUGCUAUCUUCUCCAGACAGUGAACAAAGGCAGUCUGUUGAGGCAUCUGGACACCACACACAUCAUCAGUCUGAUUCUCCUUCUUCUGUGGUUAACAAACAGCUUGGAUCCAUGUCACUUGAUGAGCAACAGGAUAACAAUAAUGAAAAGCUGAGCCCCAAACCAGGGACAGGUGAACCAGUUUUAAGUUUGCACUACAGCACAGAAGGAACAACUACAAGCACAAUAAAACUGAACUUUACAGAUGAAUGGAGCAGUAUAGCAUCAAGUUCUAGAGGAAUUGGGAGCCAUUGCAAAUCUGAGGGUCAGGAGGAAUCUUUGGUCCCACAGAGCUCAAUGCAACCACCAGAAGGAGACAGUGAAACAAAAGCUCCUGAAGAAUCAUCAGAGGAUGUGACAAAAUAUCAGGAAGGAGUAUCUGCAGAAAACCCAGUUGAGAACCAUAUCAAUAUAACACAAUCAGAUAAGUUCACAGCCAAGCCAUUGGAUUCCAACUCAGGAGAAAGAAAUGACCUCAAUCUUGAUAGCUCUUGUGGGGUUCCAGAAGAAUCUGCUUCACCUGAAAAAGCCAAGGAACCAGAAACUUCAGAUCACACUAGCACUGAGAGUGCUACCAAUGAAAAUAACACCAAUCCUGAGCCUCAGUUCCAAACAGAAGCCACUGGGCCUUCAGCUCAUGAAGAAACAUCCACCAGGGACUCUGCUCUUCAGGACACAGAUGACAGUGAUGAUGACCCAGUCCUGAUCCCAGGUGCAAGAUAUCGAGCAGGACCUGGUGAUAGACGCUCUGCUGUUGCCCGUAUUCAGGAGUUCUUCAGACGGAGAAAAGAAAGGAAAGAAAUGGAAGAAUUGGAUACUUUGAACAUUAGAAGGCCACUAGUAAAAAUGGUUUAUAAAGGCCAUCGCAACUCCAGGACAAUGAUAAAAGAAGCCAAUUUCUGGGGUGCUAACUUUGUAAUGAGUGGUUCUGACUGUGGCCACAUUUUCAUCUGGGAUCGGCACACUGCUGAGCAUUUGAUGCUUCUGGAAGCUGAUAAUCAUGUGGUAAACUGCCUGCAGCCACAUCCGUUUGACCCAAUUUUAGCCUCAUCUGGCAUAGAUUAUGACAUAAAGAUCUGGUCACCAUUAGAAGAGUCAAGGAUUUUUAACCGAAAACUUGCUGAUGAAGUUAUAACUCGAAAUGAACUCAUGCUGGAAGAAACUAGAAACACCAUUACAGUUCCAGCCUCUUUCAUGUUGAGGAUGUUGGCUUCACUGAAUCAUAUCCGAGCUGGUAGGAACUUUAAGUAUACUACUAAAACCAUUUUUAUAUUUGAAAAUAUAUUAUUAUUUAAGAUCUGCUUUAAAGGGGUUUAUAUAUAUUUUUUAAUAUCACAAAAUGAGGGUAGCUUAACUUCUAAACUAGGAUUUCUGUGAAUGCUUGAUCUUAGCACAGGAACUUAGUUCCUCGUGAACUACAUUUGUCGUAAAACGGUCAAAAUGAAAAGACCAGAGUCACGUAAAAACUCUUAUCAGCUGCUGUUUUCUUAGAGUACAGGACCGUACUAUUAACCUUAAGAUAUAUUAUAGUGCAUAUUCUUUAAUGGUAGGUUUGUUGAAAACCAAACAGAAAUAAAUGUGACAUGCUAAGAAAUGAAACAUACCUCAGUUUGCUUUUUGAAUAUUUUUUUGUUUUAGAUCAACUGUGAGGUGCAGUGCCACAGAUACAUAAAAAUGCAUAUAUUACAACUAAUGUUCAAGAAGGAAUUGAAUAAUUUAUAACAAAAGAAAAGGUCUAGUAUCUGUUAUAAGCAGAAUAUAUUUAUCAAACAAAAGAGUUUUAUCACUCUUCACUGAUUUUAUAAAUGUCUCUAUACGUUUGGUAUUAGCUAUCAUUUAAUAAUAAUAGCUACCAUUUAUAAAGUAACUAUAAUGUAUCAGGCUUAUACUAAUUAUUUCACAGCUUUAUCCUCAUUUACCUCCAAUCCUUUACAAAGUAGGUUAUUUGUAAUAACUUAGCCCAAGUCACACAACUGAUAAAUAUUAAAGCCAGAAUUUGAAAUUAGCUUCCAAGCCCUUGCUCCCCUUUGACCUAUAAAUUUCACUUACAGGAAUAUAUUCAAAUCAUUCAUAUGACAUGCAAACCUCUGGAUGAUCUAAUCUCAAACUAUUCUAGCUGAUUUACAGCAUUCUUUUCUUCUGUGACUACUCCAUCCACACUGGCCCUCUUUGAUUUUUGGGGAUACACCAAACUCUUUCCCACCUCAGGGUUUUUAUAAUCGUGCUGUCCCCUCCCAUCUUCACUCUGUUGAGAUAACUUCUUACUGUAAGAACUGCAUAAGCAGUGAAUUAAAUAUCACUUCCUCAGAGAGAGUGGGGAAUGGAGACAAGUAUUCCACAGAAAGUAGACAGCGUAUAGCGUUUUUCUAAGCCCUAGAGGAGAGAGUGUAGCACAUCUGAAAAAUUGAAAGAAGACCCAUAUGUUUGUAAUUAAAAUAAUUAGAAAAUAAUCCUCAAAUGUAAAUAUUAACUUUUACCAGGAAAGAGGGAAAACUUCAAAUGGUGAAAACAACAACAAAAAAUAAACCUGGAAUGUAAAUAAAAAAUGUUAGUAGACCAACAAAAUGUUUUUGUAAUACUUCUUUGGGUUCCUGUAUUAUUAAAUUGUAAUAACACUGUAACUUUUUAAAAAUAUAUUUUGUUCAGUAACAGCAAGUAACCCUUAAAAUUCAUCCAUUUGAAUUUCACAUUUGAGGAAGCAGCAUUUUAAAACAAGAAAAACAUUUACUGGUAAUGACACCUAAAAUGUGCUUACUCUUAUCUAGUGGAUGGCUCUUCCUCAGUAGUUUUCCUGCAGAAAAUUCUCUUUCCAGUUGCACAAAAAUCUAUUUGUGCUAACAUAGCAAUGGUUGGUUAGUUAAUAGCCACUACCAUCCCUCUUUGGUUUUAGAAUUAGAUAAGAUGUUUUAUAAUAUAAAAAUUCUCUGUUUCAUUUAUUUUUGCCAGCAAUCAAAAAGACAAUUUCUAGUUGGUUUAGUCAGCUUAUCUUUUUGCUUCUCUUACACAAAAUACUAGAUAGAAUAAAGUGCCCAAGAGUUAACAUUUCUGCUGCCCUUAUCUUUAAGAUAUCUAGUUAUUUGAUGGGUCAGUUAGUCAACCCCUCUUUUCCUCUCCUAUCCAGUGUCCUGUAGUCCAAGUACAAUAAUGUGUGCAUAUUCAGGAGAGUUAAAAAUGGACUUGGAUCAAAUAAGCACAUGGUAGCCACAAAGUACCUCUCGGCUCAUCCAUUACUCCAGAAGGCUUCCUAGGAAGUCCAGGGAAUAGAUACAAGACAGUUUCUUUCUGUUGGAGCUGUGAUUUUUAAUGAAGGAGCCUCUUAAAAUCAUCUGUACGGGUUUUACAAACUACAAAUACUUACCUAGGUCUCACCUGCUAAAGAUUCUGGUUCAUUUUAGCUGGAUAGAGAUUAAGCUUCUACAUUUUUAAAAAGCAACCAAAAUUAAUCUCAUGAAUAAUGCACCAAAGACUGCUAGUCUAGUGGCCACUUGAGAUGGAAAGGCAGUUCUGACAUUCCUGGAAGCUUUGAGAGGCUUUGGAAAGAUGGUAAUGGUUUGCAUGGAUCAUUCUAGACUCCUCUAGAAUGUCUUAGAAUCACUUUACUGCCCUGCUUAAAAUUCUCCUUUGCCCACACAUGUUCUUAGGGUAGAGUCCAAAUGUGUUAACAUGUCUUAUAAAACCCUGCAGUAUCUCUUGACAUUCUUCCCAUUAUACCUCUGGAUCUUGGCACAGAUAGUUAUCAUUUCUCUGUCAUGGGUUUGCAAAGCCUGUCAUCCUAUUGAGAUCACAAUCACUUAUUAAAUUGUUCACAGAUUGACUCCCUCAGUAAGUGAUACUAACUUUACUCCAGAAUAGACCUAAUAUUUAUAUACCCUUGAUCUCCCUGCUUCUACUUCUCUUGUCCUCAUACAGUCUGAUUUUCACACAGCAGCCAGAGGGAUCCUUUCAAAACAGGUCAGUUAAUUUUUUUGUUAAUAGCCAGAUAUGGUUUCUAUUGUAACCACUCAACUCUGCCAUUGUAAUGCAAAAACAGCCAUAGAUCAUAUGUAAAUGAACAGGUAUGGCUCUGUUAUAAUAAAACUUAAUUUAUAAAAACAGAGCCAGGUACAGUGGCUCACACCUGUAAUCUCAGCACUUUGAGAGGGUGAGGCAGGUGAAUCACCUGAGGUCAGGAAUUCAAGACCAGCCUGGCCAACAUGGCAAAACCCCAUCUCUAUAAAAAUAAAAAAUUAAAAAAAUUAAAAAUACAAAAAUACAAAAAUUAGCUGGGCGUGGUGGUGCACACCUGUAAUCCCAACUAGUUGGGAGGCUGAGGCAGGAGAGUCACUUGAACUUGGGAGGUAGAGGUUGCAGUGAGCCAAAAUUGCGCCACUACACUCCAGCCUGCGUGACAGAUCGAGACUCUGUCCAAACAAAACCAAAAUCAGUCAGUGGGCUGUAUUUGCCCAUGGGCUAUAGUCUGCUACCACCUUUUUAAAACACAAAUUAGAUACUACCCCCUCUUAAAAUUCUCAGGGACUCCCUAUUGCUCUUAAAGUAAAACCCAGACUUCUUACUCUGGCCUUCAAGGUCCUACAUGACAUACAUUCUGCCAACCUCUGACUUGCGCUCAGUCCACCUUUUUUUCUAGCUCACUACAUUUUAGCCAUACUGGCCUCUCUUCCUCAAACUUGUCAAGCUUAGUAGCACAUUUAGGACCUUUUCACUUGUUCCUCUGCCCAACUUUGCCCCCAGGACUUCACAUACAAUUGAGGUCUUACCUCCAAUAUCACCUCCUUAGAAAAGUCUUCCCUGGUAGCGCGGUGGCUCACGCCUGUAAUCCCAGCACUUUGGGAGGCCGAGGCGGGUAGAUCACGAGGUCAGGAGAUUGAGACCAGCCUGGCUAACAUGGUGAAACCCCGUCUGUACUAAAAAUACAAAAAUUAGCUGGGUGUGGUGGCGCAUGCCUGUAGUCCCAGCUACUUGGGAGGCUGAGGCAGGAGAAUCGCCUGAACCCAGGAGUUGGAGGUUGUAGUGAGCCGAGAUCACACCACUGCACUCCAGCCUGGUGACAGAGGGAGAAUCAGUCUGGAAAAAAAAAAGAAAAAAAAAAAGAAAAGUCUUCCCUGCUCACCCAAUCUAAAGUUGUUUUCUGUGUCUUCUCAUAUCUUCCCUCUCACUUAGUCAUUCAUGUUCAUUGCCUUAUUUUCCUCAAGUACUUACCACUCUUAAGCUUUAAUUUCUUUAUUUAUUGUCUUAUUACAGAUUAGAGGAGGAAAAUACAGGUGGUACCUUGUUUGUUGUCUAUCUUUCUCCUUAGAAAGUAAGCUUAUAAAGAGCAGAGACCCAGUUUGUCUUAAUUUGCAGCUGGGUCUUUAGGCUCCUAAAACAGUGCCUACCACAUAGUAGUUGCUUAACAAAUACUGAGUAUUCUGGUAAAUAAGUACACAUCUAGUAUCAAAUCUCUAGCUAACAAUGAGUUUGUAUUAUUUCUUUUAAAGAAAGUAAAUAAAUUCUUUGUAAAGAUUAGCCUGGAAAAUAAAACAACAGUGUUUUUUGUGGAACACAGGCUUCCAUUGGGAAAUUUUUUUCUUAUCUACAUUCCCUCCCUCUGCAGCAAACUCAGUAUCUCUUCAUAUCAUAUCUUCCCCAGCCAAAAAUAAUUUCCUGAAGAAAUACUCUAACAGAAUAAAAGGAACCUUUCUACAAAUGUAAUCCUUAUUUACAAAAGCAAUUUGACAUUGCUACUUUUGAAAAACAGUAUACAUAGACAUCCUGGCUAACAUGGAGAAACCCCAUCUCUACUAAAAAUAAAAAAAAUCAGCUGGGUGUGGUGGCACGCACCAGUAGUCCCAGCUACUCGGGAGGGCGAGACAGGAGAAUCGCUUGAACUCGGGAGGUGGAGGUUGCAGUGAGCCAGGAUCACGCCACUGCACUCCAGCCUGGGCGACAGAGCAAGACUUGGUCUCAAAAAAAAAAAAGAAAAAAAAAGAAAAAGAAAAACAGUAUACAUAGAAGUGAUUCUUAUUUCCAGUUUUUAUUUAAAAGAACACACUGUUCUUCAGACCUCCUUGUCUAUAAUUGCCAACCAGAGAUUUGUGUAAGUGUUAACUGCUUUGCAGCCUUACUACUUCAGUAGCAUUUCCUGAACAGAAGAUUUAAUUAAUUCUGAGAAGUUGGGCUUACAUUCUGGAAGAGGUGACUAUGCAUCAGUUAAAUGAAUUGGAUUUGAGGAGAGAACAACUAUUCUGCUUUCCUCGUUUCAGAAGCCACUGUCACUUAUUCUGUGACCUAUCGUAAAAGACUCUUGGCCCUCAUUUGUCUCUUUAUUGUGUGCCUCUGAGUGUAAAAGUCUAACCUCUACUGCAAACUCCCUGAUUUAAAGGCUGUGACAUUUUUUUCUUAACUCUCUAUUAUCCCAUCUUCUUUAUAAUGUGACAACCAAAAGAAAUUUGAGUAAGAAGCCUGCCAACUUUGAGGUAGGCCAUUACUGCUUCAUCAUGCUCUAACAUGACAGGAUAGGUUUCUUGAAUAUAUUCAGUCAUACUCAGGAUUCCCAUUCCUGAGCCCUACGUAAGUAGAAUAGCAACUUCAUGUUUUGUUCUCUUUUGAAAGUAUCACACAAUAAAUACAAUGUAAUUUUUUUUAUACUAAUAUCCCUUAUGUAGCCUUUUAUUGGUCAGAAAUUCUUCCACUGUUUAAAUUCCUUACUGAUCUAUAAAGGUCUAUUCAAAUCUUAUUUUGUUCAUUUAUUUUAUAAGUAUGUAUUGAAUACUUAUUUGUUGUAUUCAAUACAUAUUUAUAAAAUAAAUGAAAAUAAGAUUUGAAUAGACCUUUAUAGAUUAGUAAGAAAUUGAAUACUUAUUUGUAUUCAAUACCUAUUUGUAUAAUUAAGGUUACAAAGGUUACACAUACAUUAUCUUACUGGUUUGACACUGGAUUAGAGUUGGCAUAGAGGAGAUUUAAUCUAAUUCACUUGGACAAUUAAACAAUUAAAAGGGACAUAUAGUCCCUUCAGUGUACUGUUCUUGGUGCUGUUGACCUAGGAUCCAGUGGGAGCAGUUAAUCCUGUGUAGAUAAUAAAUAAAAUCUCAGGAUUCAGUCUUCUCUUGCUGUUGACAAUGGGACUGAACUGUUUUCCUUAUGCUUAACCUUAAUAUUUUCCAUGUUACUAUGUGGAAAUGUUUCUGGGGCAGAAACAUCCUAGUUCCAUCUCAGUGGUGGUAGUGAUUUUAUGCUGUCGCCUUCUUCACAAUACCCUCAUGUAAUGUAUCUUACCUUCAUAAAACUUAUAUUCAUUUAUUCAGUAAACCUUCAUUGAACAUCCUAUACUAGGCUCUGAGGAUAUAAAGAUAAAAAGAAGUAACUCCUGCCCUCCAGGAACUCACAGUCUGGUCUGCAGGAAGACAUGCAAACAACUAUUACUGUAAUUAGGAUCAUCAUUAUGAAGUUCAUACAAGAUAUUCUAGAAUGUGGAGGAGGGAGUUCGUAAUUCUGCAGAUAGCCUGUUUGGAAAUGUCCAGGAAAAGUUUCACAAAGGGGAUAAUAGUUGUACUGAGAUGAGUAAACCUUUAUAGCUAAAGAAUUGGGCAAAAGUAUCUGAAGCAGAGGAAUAGCAAGUGUAAAUCCUGAAAACUUGAGAGAGCAUACUGUACUCACCAGUUUGUAAUUUUAUAUUCACUUGAGUAUUUAACCUAAAUAAGCUCCUUGAGACCAGAAGCUUACAUCUGUUUUGGUCACCAUUGUAUUCUCAGGUUUUAUCGCAAUGCCUGGAACAUAGUAUUUAAUUUAAAAAAAUCUUUUUACAAACAGAAUUACACAAAUCCUCAACAAUGGUCCACAUAUUUUCUCUCACACAGCUGCCUCCUCACUCCCCUUUGCAGCACCUGAUGUACCUCCUUAGAAACCUAGACUCCAAAGAACACAGUUUGACAACCACUGCAGUAGAACAUAAUAUACCAAGAUUUUAGGAGUGGGUUUCUUUUUUCAUUUUUACAUGUUUUAGAAUAACAUGCAUAAUCAAAGCUAAUAAUACUGUGUUUUCUUUACUCUUUUAUUUGCCUCUAAAAAACAUCCACACAUAGUGGUGAACUGAUUUUUAAUGUGUUUUAAAUAAAAGGCAUUGAAAAAUAUUAAUAAUUGUAAUUACUAAAAGUAUUUCUCUUUGCAAUUCUCUUAUCUGUGUUUCCAGACCGGUUGGAGGGUGACAGAUCAGAAGGCUCUGGUCAAGAGAAUGAAAAUGAGGAUGAGGAAUAAUAAACUCUUUUUGGCAAGCA